AGGACCGGCCCGAGCCCUUGGAGGCCUUCGGGGCCCCUGGGCCUGGGCCGGCUCAGCCGCUCGCCCUCCCUGCCCUGCUCGCUUGCCCCGUUCGGACCCGCCCCGCCCACCGGACCCCCGACCGUCCGUCCGUCCGUCCGUCCGUCCCUCCGGACCAUGCUGCUGCUGGCGGCCGCCCUGCUGGUGGCUUUCGUGCUGCUGCUCUACAUGGUCUCCCCGCUCAUCAGCCCCAAGCCCCUCGCCCUGCCGGGGGCGCACGUCGUGGUUACCGGAGGCUCCAGUGGCAUUGGAAAAUCGGUCGCUAUUGAAUGCUAUAAACAAGGAGCAUUCAUAACCCUGGUCGCAAGAAAUGAGAACAAGCUUCUGCAGGCCAAGAAGGAAAUUGAACAGCACGCGAUUAAUGACAAACAGGUUGUGCUCUGCAUAUCGGUCGAUGUAUCCCGAGACUACGGACAGGUAGAGAAUGUCAUCAAACAAGCACAGGAGAAGCUGGGUCCGGUGGACAUGCUGAUAAACUGUGCGGGAUAUGCACAAUCAGGAAAAUUUGAAGACCUUGAAGUGAACUGUUUUGAAAAAUUAAUGAGCACAAAUUACCUGGGGAGCGUUUACCCAAGCCGAGCGGUGAUCGCCACCAUGAAAGAAAGAAGGACGGGCCGGAUCGUGUUUGUGUCCUCGCAGGCCGGCCAGUUGGGCCUGUUUGGCUACACGGCAUACUCGCCCUCAAAAUUUGCCAUUCGGGGACUGGCUGAAGCGCUGCAGAUGGAGGUGAAGCCGUAUAACAUCUACAUAACAGUAGCCUACCCUCCGGAUACAGACACUCCCGGUUUUGCCGAAGAAAAUAAAACCAAGCCCCUGGAAACAAAACUCAUAUCGGAGACCUCAUCUUUAUGCAGACCGGAACAGGUGGCCAAAACCAUCGUUAAAGAUGCCAUUCAAGGAAACUUCAGCAGUUGCGUGGGCUCCGAUGGAUACAUGCUUUCAUCCCUGACCUGUGGAAUGGCUCCGGUCACUUCCAUUACUGAAGGUCUCCAGCAGGUGGUUACCAUGGGCCUCUUUCGCAUCGUCGCCUUGUUUUACCUGGGGAGCUUUGACAGCGUAGUUCGUCGCUGUAUGCUACAGAGGGAAAAGCCUGAGGUUGUGGACAAAACCGCCUAAUGGUCGCGCUCCGGAACGUAGGAUAGCUGCUCGAUCGUUCGGAGAGCUUGAGGCUGUCCCGGGACUCCGUUUCUGACGGGUAAACGCUUGUAUCAAUGUGCUUGGAUAUGUGAAUUGGUUUGACUCUUCCUCUGAACGCCACUGAAAAUGGGAACAGAAGAACAACCCCCGAACACUACUGCUAUCCAAAUACAUGGAUGAAGACGGCCUGCCUGCCUGCCUGGCUGCCUGCUUCGGUGGGCUCUGAGGGGGUGAUGUGCUGGAAGUGGUGUGGAGAACAGGUCUGCAGAGGGCUUGCUUGCUGGGGGUACUGAAUAACUGUGUGUAUCUUUUCAUUUUUGAAGAGCGAUGGAGACCAGAAAUAGGCUUUGCGGCACGUAGUAUUUUCGGGACGUUUGAUUUUCCAAGGAAGGUUAUUAGAUCUCUUGAUCCGUGUUUCA